AUGGUUUCAGACGGGAACUCGGACAAGUCGUUACUCGUCUCGUUGAUCGCAGGAGGCACAGCCGGUGGUAUUGAAGCAACAGUGACAUAUCUUAAACUGGCAGCAUUUGAAUAUGCCAAGACGCGGGUACAACUGCACGAAGACAGUCCGACGCAAAAUCCUUUUCGAGUGAUACGAAAUGUCAUUCAGCAGGAAGGCCCAGGGGCGUUGUACAAAGGUUGUUCAGCGCUCAUCGUUGGAACAGUAGCGAAGGAUGCUAUCCGAUUUAUAUCGUUUGACAGUAUCAAACUCGCCUUCAAAGAUCCUCAAACAGGAACUUUGUCACCAGCUCGAAAUCUGCUGGCAGGCAUCGCUUCGGGAGUUGUCGCGAGUACAUUCGCUGUUACGCCAACCGAACGAAUCAAAACAGCCAUGAUCGAUGAUGCACGCUACACAAAACGCUUUACAUCACCGUGGCAUGCCACCAAGACACUUAUUGCAGAGCAUGGCCUCUUACGUGCUUUGUAUCGAGGUUAUAUUACGACGACCUUGAAACAAGCAUCCACCACCUCUGUUCGUCUAGGGACAUACAACAUUCUCAAAGACUUCGAACGGCUUCGCGAUAUCCCGCAGACCACAGCUACAACAUUCGCCAAUGGUGCAGUCGCCGGCACGAUAGUUGUAGCUGUUACCCAACCUUUUGACACACUCAAGACUCGCGCCCAAAGUGUACGUGGAGCUGGUCUCAAGGAAGCAUUCACCAGCGUCAUCGCAGACUAUGGUGUGAGAGGCUUUUGGCGUGGCAGUACGAUGAGAUUGGGAAGGACGGUGCUAGCAGGAGGGAUCUUGUUCACAUCUUAUGAAUGGGUCGCCGCUCUGCUCACACCCAUUCUUGACAAAAGAAUGCUACCAGCUAGUGAAUGA